UCCGAACGUGCCGGCCAUGGCUACUAAGGCUCCUUGACGUCCCUGCCGAGGCCCGCGCUCCGCUGCUGUCACUGCGGGCACAGUGCGCCAGGGAUCAGGACCGGGAUCGGGGCGCGCGGGAAGAGGCGCACGGAGCCCGGGGAUCGGGACGCGCCCGGCGCCCGGAGCGUCCGGAUCCGAACUCGGACCCGCCGGCCCAGUCAUGAGCGACGCUAGCAGCAGGAAGGAAGGCUUCAAGAAGUGCCGGAGCGCCACGUUCAGCAUCGAUGGCUACAGCUUCACCAUCGUUGCGAAUGAAGCUGGAGACAAGAAUGCCAGGCCUCUUGCCCGCUUCUCCCGGUCAAAGUCACAGAACUGCCUGUGGAACUCGCUCAUCGAUGGGCUCACAGGGAACACCAAGGAGAAAGCUCGGCCUGCCAUCGUUCAUGACCCCCGGCCCCCAGAGGAGAUCCUGGCUGAUGAGCUGCCACCGCUGGACAGCCCAGAGGCCUUGGUGAAGACGUCGUUCAGGUUACGAUCUUUGGUGAAACAGCUAGAGAGAGGGGAAGCCUCCGUGGUAGAUCUGAAGAAGAAUUUGGAAUAUGCAGCCACAGUGCUGGAAUCUGUAUACAUUGAUGAAACCCGGCGACUUCUGGACACGGAGGAUGAGCUCAGUGACAUUCAGUCAGAUGCUGUGCCCUCUGAGGUCCGGGACUGGCUGGCCUCCACCUUCACCCGGCAGAUGGGGCUGAUGCUCCGCAGAAGCGAGGAGAAACCCCGGUUCAAGACCAUCGUGCACGCGGUGCAGGCUGGGAUAUUUGUGGAGAGAAUGUAUAGACGGACAUCAAACAUGGUUGGACUGAGCUACCCCCCUGCUGUCAUUGAGGCACUGAAGGAUGUGGACAAGUGGUCUUUUGACGUCUUCUCUCUCAAUGAAGCCAGUGGGGACCACGCGCUGAAAUUCAUUUUCUACGAGCUUCUCACACGCUAUGACCUGAUCAGCCGCUUUAAGAUCCCCAUUUCUGCACUUGUCUCCUUUGUGGAGGCCCUGGAAGUGGGCUACAGCAAGCACAAAAACCCUUACCACAAUCUAAUGCAUGCUGCCGAUGUCACACAGACGGUGCAUUACCUCCUCUACAAGACAGGAGUGGCGAACUGGCUGACGGAGCUGGAGAUCUUUGCCAUCAUCUUCUCAGCUGCCAUCCAUGACUAUGAACACACGGGCACCACCAACAAUUUCCACAUUCAGACUCGGUCAGAUCCAGCCAUUCUCUACAACGACAGAUCAGUACUGGAAAAUCACCACUUAAGUGCAGCCUACCGGCUUCUGCAAGAAGAUGAAGAGAUGAAUAUUUUGAUCAACCUCUCAAAGGAUGACUGGAGGGAGUUUCGGACCUUGGUUAUUGAGAUGGUGAUGGCCACGGAUAUGUCUUGUCAUUUCCAACAAAUCAAAGCAAUGAAGACGGCCUUGCAGCAGCCAGAAGCGAUUGAAAAGCCAAAAGCUUUGUCCCUGAUGUUGCACACAGCCGACAUCAGCCACCCUGCCAAGGCCUGGGACCUACACCACCGCUGGACCAUGUCGCUGCUGGAGGAGUUCUUCAGACAGGGUGACCGAGAAGCGGAGUUGGGGUUGCCCUUUUCUCCUCUAUGUGACCGGAAGUCCACUAUGGUUGCCCAGUCCCAAGUAGGUUUUAUAGAUUUCAUUGUGGAGCCCACCUUCACUGUGCUCACCGACAUGACGGAAAAGAUUGUGAGUCCCUUCAUCGAUGAGACCUCCCAAACCGGUGGGACAGGACAGAGGCGUUCCAGUCUGAACAACAUCAACUCCUCAGAUGCAAAGCGUUCAGGUGUCAAGAGCUCUGGGUCAGAAGGAAGUGCCCCCAUUAACAAUUCCGUCAUCCCUGUGGACUACAAGAGCUUCAAGGCCACCUGGACAGAGGUGGUGCAUAUCAACCGGGAGAGGUGGAGGGCCAAGGUGCCCAAAGAGGAGAAGGCCAAGAAGGAAGCAGAGGAGAAGGCUCUCCUGGCCGCCGAGGAGAAGCAGAAGGAAAUGGAAGCCAGAAGCCAGGCUGAAGAAGGUGCUGCCAACAAAACAGAGAAGAAGACUUCAGAAGCCAAGAGUCAAGGCAAUGGCACCCGUCCCAACAAAGGUGACCAGCCUCGUGGGAAGAACCCCAAAGGUGACAAGGCCUCUGGAGGAAAGCAGCCGAAUGGUGACUUGAAAGAUGGUAAAAAUAAGGCAGACAAGAAGGAUCACGCCGCCGUCGGAAAUGAUUCAAAGAAAACAGAUGGUGCAAAGAAACAUUCUCAGGGCUCACCGGCCCCUAGCACCAGCUCAAGUCGUCUGACCUUGCCAGUCAUCAAGCCUCCUUUGCGUCACUUUAAACGCCCAGCUUACGCCUCCAGCUCCUAUGCACCUUCGGUUCCCAAGAAAGCUGAUGACCACCCUGCAAGGUAUAAGAUGCUGGAUCAGAGGAUCAAAAUGAAGAAGAUUCAGAACAUCUCACAUCACUGGAACAGAAAAUAGGGCCAGAGAGAGAAAAGAGGGUGUGAAGAGAGCCUACCUGUCAGAGCAGGACAGGCCUCGCAGAUCCUUGGAGGGCUGGCAUCAUCUGGGAAGAGCUAGCGCCAUCAUGGUUGACGCAGGAAGGCAGCAUCAGAGUAUAUGUGAUUUAACCUUUGUCAUUCUCCUGCAAGGCCCAUCUGUGGCUGGAUUCAAGGUCAAUCCAGAUUCCAAGAAUAAACUAUGUGGCUUUUAUUGUAUAAAUCUUUCAAAGUUGGACCUAUGUUACAAUUGUAUAUCCUGUUCAGAUAAAAGAGGAAAAGCUGCCAUUUUUCAUCCCUAAGUUUCAAUUUGCCCCCAAUAAGAAUAUACUCAGUAUAGUAAUUAUCAUAUUUAAGAAGUAAACUUCUGAGAGUAUCUUUUCAUUUUAAAUACUCUUAUCUAAGAUACAAGUAAAUAUGUAAUUUUCAUAGUAACUGCAUUCAAAACAAAAGUUAUAUGUUUCUGAAUGUAACAAUUUUAGAAGGAAAACAUGUCUGAUAACUUAUAUUUGUAGACAUUUCAGAAUGUGGGUGUUACAAACUGGAUCCAAAUUAAAAGAAAGAAAUCUCAAAUAGAAAAGAAAAAAACCCUUUUUUGAUCUCUAAUCACAUGUGCGAGGAUUUGGGAGUUUUCAGGAUAUUUCUUCUACUCUUUCUCUUCCAUCUCAGUAGAGAAUGCUGGGGAACCAUGGGAUACUCAAGCCUUAACAGUCGAAGUUAUUUAGACAUAAAGUUAUUUAGGGGGGUGGGUUCUGGAACAGGAAGGUGAACUUAAUUGUAAUUCCUUAUUUACAGAUGUUUCUCCAUAAGACUGGAGAUGUCUUUAAGUUAAAUGUCAGGUCACCUUCUCAACAGAGCACGUGUCCAGAGCCCUGUGGUAUUUUUUGCUCUCAUGGCCAUUGGUAGAACAGAAGACUUUACAGCUCACUUCUCUUUGGGGUGGCAUUUUUUUUGCCUUUUUAUAUCUCUCAUGAGAAUUUUUAUGUUGGUACUGAAAUCAGAGAAAUAGCAAGGGAAGGCUCAUGAUCAGAGAUGCUUUUUUUAUUCCUUCACAAAUGAGGUUCUGGUUAUCAGGGCCUGAGUUUUUGGGAACUUCUGUUUACAUAAGUAGUCCAUGGAUUCGUGGUCCCUACUCUGUAUCUUGUGAUGAAGAAGAAUAAGAUUGUAGGUCAGGGCUGCUAUUGCUGAGCAUGGUGUCCACUAAGAGGCUGAGCUCUUCAGGAGAGUCUCACAAAGAUCAGGCAUCCUUCAUGGUCACAGCCUCCUGACUCAGUUGUCAGGGGUUUAGAGACAUCCAUUCCCCUGUCCACAGUUCAUGUCCAGUGGACCACAGUUACUCAGUUGAGCCUGCUCCAGAGUUUAGUGACCAUACUGAGCCGCUUAUGUGUACCGUGCUUUAAAAAAAGAUGGUAUUAUAGGAAAAUUUAAUUUGCUUUCCAAACAGGAA